UUAGCUUUGGCAUGAUGAGGUCAAAGGACUUGGUAUAGGAUUUACAGGUGAAGCUAGCAAUUCAGAAUUCAGAAUUCCGCUUUAUGUUAAGCUGAGUGAAAAGUCAGGAGAAAGAGGAAUAGCUGUUUCAUUCUGAAUCAGUGGAUGGGAACCAAAUUCAUCAACAAGAAGAGAAGCCACAGCAGCAAAUGGAUCACCAGCUCCAUCCCAAGAAAGUUCCAGGGUUUUGUUCCAUUCGCUAUUGCCUGGCUGUCCUUCUGCAUGCCUGCAACUUUGUAAUAAUGGCCCAGCGCAUAUGUCUGAGCCUUACAAUGGUGGCUAUGGUGAACAUAACAGAUCCUCAGGAUUUGACGAACACAUCUACAAAAACAGAGCUGGAUUAUGUAAAGAAUCCUGUAUAUAACUGGAGCCCUGAUAUCCAGGGCAUCAUCUUCAGUUCCAUCUUCUAUGGAGCAGUUGCAGUCCAACUUCCUGUUGGGUACUUAUCUGGAAUAUACUCUAUAAAGAAAAUGGUUGGCUUUGCAUUGUUCUUCAGCUCUGUGCUCUCCCUGUUCAUUCCACCAGCAGCUCAAACUGGCAAGACUUUGAUUAUUGUGUGUCGAGUAGCCCAGGGGAUGGCUCAGGGGACGGUAACAGCAGCACAGCAUGGAAUGUGGAUUAAGUGGGCUCCUCCCUUAGAACGAGGCCGACUUACCUCUAUUUGUUUAUCAGGGUUCCUGUUGGCACCAUUCAUUGUCAUGCUUGUGUCUGGAUUCAUCUGUGAUCUUCUGGGCUGGCCCAUGGUCUUCUAUAUUUUUGGUGCUUGUGGCUGUGUUCUAUGUCUUAUCUGGUUCGUUCUGGUUUAUGAUGACCCCAAGGAUCACCCAUGUAUCAGCAUCAGUGAAAAAGAAUACAUCAUAUCUUCUCUCGCCCAGCAGGCCAGCUCAAGUAGACAAUCUCUACCAAUCAAGGCUAUGCUUAAGUCUCUUCCACUCUGGGCCAUAUUCUUGAGUGGUUCAGCUUUUAUAUGGACAAAUACCCUCUUGGUUACAUAUACUCCAACAUUUAUCAGCACCAAGCUUCAUGUUGAUAUAAAAAAAAAUGGGCUGCUGUCUGGCCUCCCUUAUUUGUUUGCCUGCAUCUGUGGUCUCCUAGCAGGUCAUAUGUCAGACUACUUCCUAUACAGGAAUAUUUUCAACUUACUUACCAUCCGGAAACUCUUCACCAUACUAGGAAUUCUUUCUCCUGUGAUCUUCAGUAUGUGCCUGCUUUACCUGAGUUUCAACUUUUAUAGCACUAUCAUUUUCCUGACACUGGCUAAUGCCACAACCAGCUUUUGCUUAGCUGGACCACUUAUAAAUGCUUUGGAUAUUGCUCCAAGAUAUUAUGGAUUUCUUAAAGCAGUUACAUCUGUAAUUGGAAUGAUAGGUGCCCUCAUUUCUUCUACUGUGACUGGAUUGAUCCUUAACCAGGAUCCAGAAUUUUCUUGGCAUAAAAUCUUCUUCCUGAUGGCAGGCAUUAAUGUGACAAGCAUAAUUUUCUACCUUAUAUUUGCUAAAGCAGAAAUUCAAGAGUGGGCUACAGAAAAGCAAAAUACUAGACUCUAAAGGGUAAAGCUAAGCACAUGAUGAGCCUGAGACCAGCCUUCUUAGAGAUUGAAAGAGUGAGUCCCAUAUGAGAAUGAAGCUUCAGGAAGAAGCCUCCAGCCCACCCCUCUUCCUCCCCCAGGAGCCCAAAGGAUCCAGUCUCUCCUUCACACCCUAUGUACUUCUCUUUUGUUACAGGUAUUGUUUGUAACAAGUUACGUGUCUGAAUUUUUUAAGGAGUGUUUAUUUAUCUUUUUUCCUCUCUGUAUUAGCGGUCUUUUAAAUGAUUGUUAAAUGCCCCAAUAAACACACGUGAAAUUUUAUAAAAACUUGUGAAAGGCCUUUGUUCUCAAUUUUCAAUUGUUACUCUUCCUCUCCUCCACGCACCCCCCCCCACCAUUGUAAAAGUGUAAGCCAGUGGAAAAUCUCAGAUGGUUCCUAUACUUUCAGGGUUACUUAUUUUUGGAGAAAAAGGUACAAAAUUGGCUUCCUUUCUGGUGGCUGCAGGAAGAAACCAGUUUGUUUUCAGAAGCAACUAAAGGUGACCCACUAGGAAAAUAUUAAAAGGUUAAGGUAAGGAAAGUUGAUGAUUAAAUGCAGAUUUGGUUAGUUUAAAAAGAAGCAAGAAAUGUUAUACCCUAAUGGGUAAUGGCUUGUCAAUGAUAAGUCCUAGGUUUGGCUAUAGAGCUAAACAGGAGAAAUAAAAUGGAACAAAUCAGUUUCUUGGUAUUUUAGUUUCAAUUAAGCAGAUGAAUCAUCAUUUCAGUUGAUUCUGUCCCCAAAACAAAGUAUAUACUUUGUUUUAUAUGCUUUGUCUUAUAUAAUUUAUAUAAAGAAAAUUUCAGGAGCAAAAAGAAAAUUUAGGUGAAAAUAUGGUAUUCUUCUUCCCAUUCAUUUUUUCCUGAUUCCAGAGCUUUUCCACUCAUAGAUUUACAUAUUGAUUCAACAAACAUUUAUUGGCACUUACUAUGUACCCAAUAUUAUUCUUUUGUCUAAGAUGUUGCCAAAUGAUGUAUAAAUGGCUCCUGAUAUCUGGAGGUCAAAUCGCACAUGUGCAAUCCGAUCUGGGUCCAUUUUCCUUCUUAUGAACUUUGGUAUGACUGCCAUCUUUGUGAGUGGCACCCUUGUCAAUCAAGUGUCAUGCCAAACUGCAGCCAUUGCUCUGGACAUCUUUCACGUAGUAUGGAAGUCAUAUCAGGCUUGUCUUUUGAAGCAAAUAGUCUGUUUAGUAUUUUUUUUGUAACCAGAUCCAUUUCCUCAUGCCAGAAGCCAUCACUGCACUACACUGGGAACUUUAUUCAACAUUCCCUCAUGCAGCAUAGCCUUUGAAAAAUGCAUCCCUGAUUAUAUCCUUUCUCACCACAAUACUGCUGAAUUCCAUAGAAAGAUUAUGCUAGGUCCACAGUGUUUCAUGUGUUCUUGACCUCAAUACGUCUACAGUCUGCUCACAACUUACUUUCUGGGCAGACUAAUUAUUCUUUAUCGACACCAAGUCUUUGCUGUGUGCCUUCAGACCUUGGCUCAAUUGAAACUUUGUAGGGCACUCUCCUUCACAUUCAAAUUAGUGGUUAUGCAUUUAUCAUUCACUGCUUUUGUUUUAGUGGUAUCAGGGUUUGAACUCAAGGCCUCAUGCUCAAUCAGCUUGCUUGCUUAGCUGGUGUCUGCCACUUGAGCCAUGCCUUCAGUCCUGCUUUAUAUUUAUUAUUUUUGGAGAUGGAAUUUCUUGCUGAGUUCAAAUUAUCAGCCACCAGUUCUCAGACUCAAGUAGUUAGGAUUAUAAGAAUAAGGUACUGGUGUCCAGGUAUCAUUCACUCUUCUUGUGUGAUAUUCCCUUUAUUUUUUCCUUUUCCAUAACUGUCAUUAUAUAUUAAUUUGUGUGAUACUUUGAUUGCAGUUAUUGCCCUCCUGUGAUAGUGAACUCCUUCAAGCUGUGUAUGAUUUUGAUGUCUGCCAUGCUUCCAUAAACCUUAAUGUGUUUAUUAGUAUGUAUUUAGUGCUUGAAUAAUUUUGUUCUCUUUCAUGAUCUUUGUGCUGACCAUAUGAAGGCAUCAUGAAACCAAGAUAUACCAUAUAUAUCUGCAGAUAUACAAGGGAGAUUUGGAAUGAGGUUGAGCCAGUAUGGAUCUUACAAGUAUUUUUGGAUAAUAAAGUGAAAAAUGAAUGAGACCCACUAAAUGGUUAGGGGGUUCCCAAUAAUCAGAGAAUCAAAGGGCACUGGAGAUAGGACUGACAACAUGAGUAAAUGUCUUGAAAGGAUUAAAAAAAGGCACAGGGCAAUGUCCACUCACUAAGAAAUAUAAGAGAUCUUCGUGGCUUCACAAACCAGAUGUAGGGAUGAGGUCAAGAUGAAGGUAAUUGUGGAAGACCUGACUCCAAAGAAUGGCUGAGUGGUGCAGAUGUUAUAGACUAAAAGCCAGCAUCCAUUAAAAA